CGAGUCUCUCGUUCUUGUGUGUUAACUUUUUGUCUUCGUAUUUCACUGACUACCUCGCGGGUACAGUCCGCUCAACAGGAGGUGUUCCAGUGUAACUCUUACACCGACGCUGUGCUGGUUCUCUCGUGACCGCCGCACCGCGGGACAUUAUCAUUAUCAUGCAGUCUCUCGUGCGCAGACUUUCCCGGGUGGAGGAGACGCGCAUGCGCUGAAGGACGGAGCCCCGCGACGCGCUACGAACCUCCCUGGGGGGAUUUUAAGAUCGCCGCCAAGAAGGAGAAGCCCACCGGACGGGAGCGGUAGCCCGAGCGCGGCUAUGGGUUCUCUGAAGGCUUUGCAGGACUGGUGUCGCGCUCAGUGCGCCGGCUACCCCGGCGUGGACAUCGCCAACAUGUCGUCGUCCUUCAGGGACGGUUUGGCCUUCUGCGCCAUCAUCCACCGGCACCGACCCGACCUCAUAGAUUUCGAUUCCCUAUCCAAAGAUAAUGUCUAUGAAAACAACCGCCUGGCCUUUGAGACAGCAGAGUCGGAGCUGGGCAUCCCUGCUCUGCUCGACCCUGAAGACAUGGUUUCCAUGAAGGUCCCCGACCGGCUCAGCGUCAUCACAUAUGUGUCCCAGUACUACAACUACUUCAAUGACAAGUCUCAUGCCAACCCACCGUGUCUGAAGAGGCCGAGUGGAGCAGGUCUUGGCGAACCUGCGGUGAAGAGGCCCCCCGAGGACCGAGGGCUUGAAUCCCAGCUGGGUGCAGACAGCCCACCCAAACGUGGCACCCUCAGCAGUACCUGCGCCGCCUGUCAGAAGCAUGUCCACCUGGUGCAGAGGUUCCUGGUGGAUGGCAAACUGUACCACCGUAACUGUUUCAGAUGUAGAGAGUGUAGCAGCACCCUGUUACCAGGCUCUUACAAAGCAGGAAGCGAGGCCGGCUCCCUGGUCUGCACUCACCAUUUUGCCAAAUCCACAUCAACCAAUCAUAUCGGGCGUCCGGACCUCAGCAGGGUGACUGGGCCUAUGGUGAGGCUUGGGGGCGGGCCCAUCGAAAUGGAGACUCCUCCCAUUCUCAGGGAACGGGAGGAGGCUCCGCUGCCGGAGGGGACUUCGGAAGAAGAGUCCGUUGUUCCUAGUUCGACGGGGAAGUCCGAGUCGCUGGAAAAUGAGAACGGGAAGGACGAAAGCAGAGACGGAGAGGAAGAAGAGGGUGUGGAAGAUGAGAGCAAGAGGGUCAAUGGUAGCCAAGGGGUGGCGGUCAAUGCGAAUCAAUCCAGGCCUCCAAAUCCUUUCGAAGACAGCGAGGAAGAGGAAGCAGAGGAAGAGGGAACAACAAAACCGCUCAAAGACUCAGCCGGCGGGGAGCUCCCUUCCGCUCCGGCUGGUCAUGUUGGAGAUGCUUGUCGGCCAGUGCCCGCACCUCGACGGGUGUCGGAUCCAUCCACGACGCCGCGCCCGGUGCCCAGGGUCCGGCCACCCAGAGUAGUUGACGGCCCGAAAGUAAAUGGUGAACCCGCUGACCUCAUACGGUCAGCUCCCAAACCUAGAGAACGUUCCAGCUCUCCGGGGAGCUUCAGAUUGCCCUGUGAAAUUCAGAAACCCAAAGAUCCGCCCUGGCUGGCACUUGUCCAAUCAGAGCCUAAGAAGAAGCCAGCCCCACCCCCUCCCCCCGGCACAGCCGCUCCCCCUCGUUCUGGCUCUGUUCCUUCCAUUGGUGGGGUUCAGGCAGGUUCUCGGCCAGCCACCCCCCCACAGUCCAGCAACCCCUUUGAGAAUGAUGAGGAGGAGGAGGAGGAGGAGGAGGAUGAUGAUGAGGGGGAGGAGAAUCAGGCAGGGGGCAGCGUAGCACCGCCCUCUUCCGUAACCAGCCACCCUUGGUAUGGGAUCAUGCAGACAUCAGACACCCCCCAGGCAGGUGGCCCUGCUGGUAAAGCCAGCCCAAGUGACACCCCAAGCCCAGGCAGCCCACGGAGUAAGAAAAGGCCUGCCCCUAGAGCCCCCCAGCCCUCCCCCCAAGCCCUGUCUUCUUCUCAGCCCCCUUCUUCCUCUCCAUCCCCAGCCCUCAGCACAGAGAGUCUCUCCUCCUCUUCAGACCACAGCUCCUCCAGGGUCCUUCCCAGCGCCAGGCUCUCUGACCAGGACCACCCUUUCACCAAGAGUGUCUCUGAGCCGUCGAUCAGUGGGCCCUCGCCUCCCACUGCUGAAAACAAGCCCCAUCCUUCUCCCAGCCCCUCCCCUCCUCCCCCGCCGGCCAACACCAGCUCGGCUCCGGCGACUCCACAGACCAACCGGAGUGCAGGGCCGAGAGCUGCCCGUCCCCCACCUCCCAGACCCCCAACCACACCCAGCCCGCUGGCGAAAGGCACCCCGCCGCCCCCCCCUCAGAAUAAGAGAACCUGCAAGGAGAACCCCUUCAACAGGAAAGCCUCCCCCUCUGGCCCGUUGCCCAAAGCCAGGCCCCCAGCAGGCCCCCGCCCAGCUCGACCACCAGCCCCUGGGCAUGGAUUCCCCCUCAUCAAGAGGAAGGUGCAGUCGGACCAGUACAUCCCAGUGGAGGACAUCUAUGUGGAGAUGGGGGAGUUGGAGAAGCAGCUGGAUGAGCUGGAGCAGAGGGGCGUAGUGCUGGAGCAGAAGCUGAGGGACUGUCAUAAUGACGAGGAUGAGGAGCACCUGCUGGUGGAGUGGUUCACACUGAUUCACGAGAAACACAUGCUGGUGCGCAGGGAGGCAGAGCUUGUUUACACGGCCAAGCAGCAGAAUCUGGAAGAGAGGCAGGCAGAUGUGGAGUACGAGCUUAGGUGUCUCCUCAAUAAGCCAGAGAGGGAGUGGAGCGAGGAAGACCAUGGCAGGGAGCAGGAGCUGAUGGCUGAGUUGGUCACCAUCAUAGAGCAGCGAAACCAGAUCAUCAAUAGCAUGGAUCAGGACCGACAGAGGGAAGAGGAGGAAGACAAACUGCUGGCGGCUGUGAUCAAGAAGAAAGAAUUCCACAAGGAGGUGGACGGCGAGCAUAAGAAGAAAGGGGCCAAGUUCAAACCCAUGAAGGUGCUGAAGAUGCUGAGCCCCAAAAACGAGGGUGGAAAGAACAGGAGCCCCCGCAAGGACAAGAGCUGAGAGCGAGACGGGACUGGAGGCCGGAGGGUGACCAGUGGGGCUUGAUGGGAGAGGGAGGACUGUCCGUGCACAUCUUUGUCACAGAGGGUCAAGGGGAGGCGGCGAAGCAGGAAAGCAAGAUGUGGGUGAAGUGGGGAGGUGACAUUAACUGAUAAAUCAGACCCUACAGAGUAGCCUUAUCGGUGGCCUUCUGCUUACAGUCCAACCCAGUCCCCUCCCCCCCACGGAAAAGAUGCGCCAUGUAUAUAUUUUAAAGUCUUUUUGAACUCUUAAAACUUCUAAACUGAAGCAGAAAUAAUAACAGAAGCUGGUAGAGACAGUACAGGGUAGAUUUAUACUCCAAGCAGGCAGGAACCAGCCCCUCUGAGGGUUUUUAUUUAUACUGCUGUACUACCUUUUAUUGACUGUACUUUGCAGGCUCUGAAGCUGGGUGGAAUAAACUCUGGAUCAAGAUGGAAGAUGAAAGAUGCAGUUUGAGAAGUGCAUUAAUGAACUUGGAUGCAUCCGAGCGGCACUUGAAUAUGUCGUAGUUUUUAGCGCACGAGCAGCACCCAACAUCACGACACGUCUCGGAGCGCAUGGUACUCGUACUGCUGUACACGGAGAUGCGAAUCCCGGUGUUCAGUGCCUUUUCCCUGUGGAAUUCUUCAAGCUCGUUACGUGAAACUUGUGGUCACCAUAUUAAAGCUGGACACCUGGGAAAACAGUGUUGGAUUUGGGAAAGUCAUGCAUCUGGGGAUGAUUUUCUCACUCUUGUGGGCGGGAGAUGACUUUCACUGGGUAUGAUGAAAAACGGGGUGAGGGCUGGGUCUGUCUGACAAGCUUUAGGUUAUUUAGAAAUGUGCAGUAGAUUUUUAGAAGCGUUGGCAGGUAUAUUUAUUUGCUUUUAAAAGUCCGGUGGCAAAAUAGAUUGUUUUCGAUUGCUGUUUUUUUCCUUCAAUAAUGCCUUAAACCCUUGUUUACACAUCCCUCAACUCGUUGUCAAAGGAACGGCUGGUUGGUAUGUUGAGAAGGAAAAUGCAAGAAAAUGAUCAGAGGCUGAAUGGAUGACCGUGUCGGGCUGCCGCAAUCUGUGUGGUCAGAGAGCAAAUGUGUUUAAAGUCAACGAUGUCACAGAAAAUGGUUAGAAGUAAGUUGUUCAACCAGUCAAAAUUGUAUGCAUACCAAUAAAACUCAAAGUGAGCGUGUGAAUGUUA